AUGUGCCUCGCGCAGGCCGACAGGUGCCGCUGGAGGACUAACCGCAACAUCGGCAUCAUGGCGCACAUCGAUGCGGGCAAGACGACGACGACGGAGCGCGUGCUUUCUAACAAAGGCCAAGAACUACAGAUCGGCGAGGUGCACGAGGGCACCGCCACCAUGGACUGGAUGGAGCAGGAGCAAGAGCGCGGCAUCACGAUCACAUCGGCGGCGACGACGUGCAUGUGGAACAACCACCGCAUCAACAUCAUCGACACGCCCGGCCACGUCGACUUCACGCUCGAGGUGGAGCGCGCUCUGCGCGUGCUCGACGGCGCCAUCUGCCUCUUCGACUCCGUCGCCGGCGUCGAGCCCCAAUCCGAGGUUCGCCCUGCCUCGGGUGCACUGUCCGUUCGCACGUUCAACCUCUCUGUUCACAUUCCCUCUCUCCCCCCCGUGCCCCACCCGCCCCUUCUCCCCCCCGCCUCUUCUCCUCCCGCCUCUCUCCCCCCCCCCUCUUCCUCCCCCCCCAAUUCCCCCCGCCUCUUCCUCCCCCCCCUAUUCCCCCCGCCUCUUCCUCUCCCCCCAUUCCCCCGCCUCUUCCCCCCCUCCAUUCCCCCCGCCUCUUCCUCCCCCCCCAAUUCCCCCCGCUCUUCCUCCCCCCUCCAAUUCCCCCCGCCUCUUCCUCCCCCCCAAUUCCCCCCUCCCCCCUCUUCCUCCCCCCAGACGGUGUGGCGGCAAGCGGACAAGUACGGAGUGCCGCGGAUCUGCUUCGUGAACAAGAUGGACCGGCUGGGCGCCAACUUCUACCGCACGCGCGACAUGAUCGUGAGCAACCUGGGCGCCAACCCGCUCGUGCUGCAGCUGCCCAUCGGCGCGGAGGACGCGUUCCAGGGCGUCGUGGACCUCGUGCGCAUGAAGGCCAUCGUGUGGACCGGCGAGGAGCUCGGCGCCGCGUUCGAGUACCGCGACAUUCCCGAGGACCUGCAGGACAAGGCCGCCGAGUACCGCGCGCAGCUCGUCGAGUCGGUCGUUGAGCUGGUGAGUGAAGGGGAGGGAUUAUUUGGUGGAGGUGGUGGGCAGAGGGUUGUGCGCGUAAGGUGGUGGGUGAAGGGUGGUGAGGGAGGUCGAGAAUUCAGGGAGCGAAAGAUUUUUUAA